AUGGCCCCCGAUUGCAGGACAACCCCCUUGAUGACACCGUCCUGCCGGAGCUUGGCACUGCUGGUCCAUGAGCAGGUUCAUGAUGGGAAGAAGCCCCACAAGUGCUUGGAAUGUGGGAAGAGCUUCAGGAGGAGCUCUGACCUGAUCAAGCACCAGAGGACCCACAGCAGGGAGAGGCCUUAUGAGUGUGGGGAGUGUGGGAAGACCUUCAGGCAGCAGGCCACCCUUAUCAGCCACCAAAAGAUCCACACUGGGGAGAGUCCCUAAGAGUGUGAUAGAUGCAGGAAGAGCUUCACGCGGAGCUCCACACUGAUCAGGCACCAGAUGAUCCACACUGGGCAACAGCCCUAUCACUGUGGGCAUUGUGGGAAGGGCUUCAGCCAGAGCUCCAGCCUGAUUCAGCACCAGAACAUCCACACUGGGGAUCAGCCACACAAGUGUGGGGAAUGCGGCAAGAGCGUCAGUCUGCAUUCUGCCCUGAUCCUCCACCAAAUAAUCCACACUGGGGAGAUGCCCUAUGAGUGUUCCGAGUGUGGGAAGAGGUUUCAGACCACCUCCCAUCUCCUUGGACAUCAGUGCAUCCACACCGGGGAGAGGCCCCAUGAGUGUCCCCGUUGUGGGAAGAACUUCUCACAGCACUCUACCUUGACCCAACACCAAUGGAGCCACCGGUAA